AUGAUUCUUAACGUUUCUUUUCUUCCUACUUAUCUUCUUUUUUUAAACUUGUUUCAAGCUUUACCAAUUAUCGAAGUCUUAAACCUGGAUAAGUUUCGACAUGGAUCUAUUGGUCUACAACGACGAGAAAGUUUUAGUUUUUACCAAUUACCAGAAGAAGAGAGAUCCAAGAUCGAGACCAAAGCUAAGUCAGAAGCUGUUAUGACUGUAGAUGGAAAAGUUGCACCGGAAGAAGUUUUAAUAGGUGUUCAGAAGGCUGGUUUAGAGAAUGGUAAUAGUGAUCAUAAGGGUACUGGAAAACCAACCAAAACAGAAGUCGAAAGUCUUGCGGACCAAACCCUUCCAAAAGUAACCUCAACCCCAAUCAAAUCUUCAACAAUACAAACCAGACAAAACCAUAAAUCAAGUUCAUAUAUAACCGAAGAAGAUAAACUAGGAAUUUCCAAAUCAAGAACCGAAACACGAGCCAAGAUAGAUUCAGUAAUUGCAGCAGGAGGCCAAAUUACUGUUGAAGAGAUCUCAAUGGUUUCUAAAAAAGCUAUGAUGGAUCAUGAGAAUAAAGAUCGAAAGACGGUUGGGAUAGCUAUUAAGACUGCGGUUGAAGAUCUUACAGAUCGAAAACUCGCUGAAUUGAAGAAUCAUAGUAACUCUACAUCUGUACAACUUGGUCAAAAUUCUUCUUCUGGCUCUUUUCAGGUAACAGAAGAGAAAGCAGGAGUAGAGAAACCAAAGACCGAAACGCAAGCUUAA